CAAUCAAAUCCGAUCCAAUUAAUUAAGCGAAGACCGGUGAAGUCUUCUGGCGGACAAAGGAGAUGAUCGGCGGCGGCAUCGAGGUGUCAGGCCUCCACUUUGCCUACGAAGGCCGAUCGCCGCUUUUCGCUAGGUUUAACCUGAACGUCUCUCCCGGUUCCCGAUGCCUCCUCAUCGGCGCUAAUGGAUCUGGAAAAACUACCCUUUUGAAGAUUUUAGCAGGGAAGCAUAUGGUUGGGGGAAGGGAUGUGGUGCGAGUUCUUAAUGCCUCGGCUUUCCAUGACACGCAACUUGUUUGUAGUGGUGAUCUUUCUUAUCUUGGUGGAUCUUGGAGCAAAACUGUUGGAUCAGCUGGAGAGAUUCCACUCCAGGGCGACUUUUCUGCUGAACACAUGAUUUUUGGAGUUGAAGGUGUCGAUCCUGUUAGGAGAGAGAAAUUGAUUGAUCUUCUUGACAUUGAUCUUCAGUGGAGAAUGCAUAAAGUUUCCGAUGGACAACGCCGCCGUGUCCAAAUAUGCAUGGGCCUUCUCUACCCAUACAAGGUUCUUCUACUCGAUGAGGUGACAGUAGAUCUCGAUGUUGUGACAAGAAUGGAUCUUCUUGAUUUCUUCAAGGAAGAAUGCGAACUGAGAGGAGUCAUCAUUGUCUAUGCAACUCAUAUAUUUGAUGGACUGGAGUCAUGGGCAACGCAUUUGGCCUACAUCCAAGAUGGUGAGUUGCUGAGGUCAGGAAAGAUGUCCGACAUAGUUGAAUUGAAAAAUGCUGAUAACUUGCUGUCGGUCGUCGAGUCAUGGCUUCGAUCGGAAGUGAAGCUACCGAAAAAGGAAUCCACAGCCCCUAUUAACUCUACAACACCAGCAAGCAGGCCCAGUCCUUUUGAUUCUUCUCCUUUUAGAUCAUCCCGUCAUAUGGCAUACUAUCGCUGAUUCAUUAUGGCCUUUAAAAAUCACUGUUCUCCUGAACUAGUGGUAAGAUCAUGGAUUAUGUCCAAAUCCUAUUCUUGGCUAAUACGAAAUAAAGAGUCAGUUCUUCUUUCUAAGGUUCAUAAUGGUUCUCUCAUGUAGUAGGUAAGUAUCUUGAAGCCAGAUCAUGUUGCUUCAGUUUGUGCCACCAGAAAAGCAAGCAAAACCUUAUCGUAUUUGAGUUGUCAAAAUUUUAUUAUGUAAAAAAUUGGAUGUUGUGAACAUAAGAUAGUUACUUUUAUUUUCCAAAAAGGGCAUUCUUUGGCCUAGCACUUUCAAAUU